CACGCAAUAACAACAAUUCUCCCACGAAAACGAAAACAAUAAAACAUCCUCAAUCCAAUGAGUUAAAUUUUCCUUUCACCUUCUUCAACUACCAAAAAUCUCAAAUCUAAAAAAUUUCAAAAUUUCGCAUUCGUGAAAUCAAAUUCCUAAAAUUUCAAUCGAGUAAUUUAAUCAAUCAAACUACAAUGGCAGAAAACGCUCCCGAAACGGUGCCGUUUACUUCACAACCUCUUCCGCCUUCUUCUUCUUCGCAGAAAUCGCCACAAGAUCCAUCUCAGUUUCAGGUCCCGACUUUUUCCAAUUUGCCGGCCUAUCCGGCUGGAUAUUACCAAAUGUUUCCUGGUAUGCACCCUGCAUUGAUUCCAGGGUUGACUCCACCACAAACUGAGGAACAUGCAAACCGUGGAGCUGGCUUAUAUGCUGUUCCUGUUAAUCCUUUUGAUAGACAUGUUACCGGACUUCCAUACAACACCCUGAUUCCAUUGACUUACCGCACACCUACGCCAAGUUCUGAAGCUGCUGCCGGUGAAAAUCAGGGGCAAGCAGCACAGCAACAACAUCCUCAGCAGCCUGCACCUCAGAGACAAGUUGUUGUAAGGAGAUUUCAAAUUGCAUUUCAAAUCGAUUUGCUUCUUAUGUUGAAGCUGGCAGCUGUUAUCUUUUUGUUCAACCAAGAUGGAUCAAGGCAGAGGCUUGUUGUCCUUAUUUUAUUCGCUGUUCUUGUAUAUUUAUACCAAACUGGAGCUCUGACACCGAUUGUAAGAUGGCUUUCACAAAAUAUGCAAAGAGCUGCAGCACCUCCUCGUCCACCAAGACCUGCAGCCAGGGCUGAAAAUGUACCUCCUGCAGGGCAGGUGGUUGCCAAUGCUCCUCCAGCAGAGGGUCAACCUGAUGCUGCCAUUGAGAACCAGCCUGCUAAUGGUGCAGACCGUGCAAUUGAGAAUGAGAAUGUCCCAGAAGCUGGCAGAGGCAAUGGUGGCAACCAGUGGUGGGGCAUUGUAAAGGAGAUCCAGAUGAUUGUUUUUGGAUUUAUCACUUCCCUGCUUCCUGGGUUCCACAAUCAUAUGGAUUGACUUAUUGUCUGUGACAGCAUACCAGAAAAUAGGAGAGGGUUUUCCCGAAUAUGAUAAGGUGUAUAGCAACAGAAGUUUCAAGCGUCAUAACUAAUACAUAUUUAGGUGCAACUAUAAUCCAGCAGAAAACAAAACUAUGGUGAUAAUUUAUAAGGUGUCAUUUUUGUAUCAUUACUUGGAUUGUUGAUAGAACAGUUUUUAUGGCUUCCAGGGCACAGGGAAGUAAUUUGUACUUCAGAGGGGCAGUUGUUAAUCCACCCCUGGUGUCUGUUUAUGAUUGGUAGUGUUUGAUGAGUUGUUUCUUUUCAAUGUCCUCCAAAUUUUCCAAAUUUCCUUCAAUUCAUUUAAUUGUCAGGAGUUUGUCUGCGGAAUCA